AUGUCAGACUGUUCUGUUUUGGAGUCGGAUCUGGAGAUGGACAGCAAAGUAAUUAAAUGUGAGACCUUUGAUAUACUCAUUGUAGUCGAUGAGGAACUGAUCAAUAUACUUGUGAUAAAUGCUAACAGCUCCAUGCCUCAAAGGAGCCGAUCAUUGAGCUACUAGAGGAGAAUAGGGUCCUAAGUGAACGUCUUGCUCUGGCUAAGGAGACUUCAAGACUGCAUGCUGUUUUUGAUACAACAAUUCUAAAUGACAGAGGGGGAUAUCCAGUGUGCUCUAUUACAGUGGUUUCCAACCAGGGGUACUAGGACCAUAGGGGGGACUUGAGAAGACUUGUGAGACUAUAGGCUUACUGGUAAAAUGCACAUGAGGGGGGUAUUUCAGUUGGUGGUACAGUAAUCGAAAAAGGUUGGGAACCACUGCUCUAUGAGACUGGGCUCAUCUGCAGUAGCUACUGAGGAUACUACCUUGGACCACUUUCCCUUACUAACACAUCCCACUGUGUUUUGCUCUACUCCAUCGGAAGCAAAGUGGAAUCGAGUUAGAAAUAGGAGAGGAGGAUUAUUCCAACGCAUCUUCCCUCUCCCCUCUCGUCCAGACCUGCGGCUCUCUUACCGUUUUUCAGCUUUGCGCCCCCUGACUUCACCUGGGCACUGGGAUGAUUCACUUAAUCCCUUACUGCAGCUCUCUGCCCCACUUAUUGCAGAACCGUUGACUUAUAUCUUUAAUUUUACAAUUGUUUCUGGUGUUAUCCCUAAGAUCUGGAAAGCGGCACCUGUCCUCCCCCUACAUAAAGAAGGAGAUCCUUCUGGCUUAGAUAACUACUGUCCAAUCUCCAAAUGAUCUUGCCUUUCUAAAGUUUUAGAAUCCCUGGCCAACUGUCAGCUAAGAGCUUUUUUAACUUCUCACUCUAUUCUUAAUGUGCACCAAUCCGGUUUUAGAACUGCUAUGCUUGUUUUAGAUGAUGUGUUAAAUUGCUUAGAUCAUAAAAAUCAAUGUGCUUUCCAAGUCCUUUGAAACUGUUGACCAUCACACACUCAUUCAAAGGUUUGAGAAUGAUCUGUCAGACAGGACACUGUGUGAUUUCUGAUGGCGUUAAGUCUAGUUUCCUAGAUAUUACGAAAGGUGUACCACAGGGGUCGAUAUUAGGACCUGUUCUCUUGACUAUUUAUAUAAAUAAUAUUGGUCUAUCUGUUACCUUUUAAUGUUCAUCUGUAUGCAGACGAUACUGUUAUGUAUGCCAUUGCCCCAAUUGUAGACCAGGCGAUGGAAUACAUAUUAUUAAUUUAAUGGUUCUCCCAUCGAUCGGGUUCCCGCUUAUAAAUAUCUGGGCUUUUGGAUUGACAAGGAUUUAACGUUUAAAAAAACAUACUGACGAGCUAGUUAAAAAGCAAAGAUUUAAAGUGGGCUUAUUUUUGUAGAAUAGAGCAUUGGGGAACCAGGAGUGGUGACAUUAAUUGGAGAGGGAGAGAAGAGCGAUGGGGAGAGCAAGAGGGAGGGGUUGUCCAGACUGUUUUCACACACUUGCUUUGACCACCACGCUACAGAAAGAGAAAGAAAUCUGUUAUGAGCUGAGCUGAACAUAACAGUAUGCCAGUGGAAGGGAGGACAGUAGCAGGUGACCCAACUGUGGUUUGAUACUAUGAAUUCCCAUAGUAGCCAAUUCAGUUGCAGUCAUUCUGUUUUUAUGGUCAUUCUGUUACUGAUUUGGUACAUAAUUAUGUGUUUUAAUCACUUAAUAAAUCAUAAACCAAAUUGUUCUCACUAAAAACACUAAUUAGUUGGUCAACCUUUACUUGUUACUUCUGUGAUCUUUCAUUAUUCUCAUGAGGGAGAGAAAUUAGAAAAAAUCUUAAGAUAUGUGGGUUUUUGGUAAGAGAAUUACAAGACCUUAGGCAAUAUUUCUUUAAACUUAGAGAAGGCAAAUAAGAUCUGCAAAAUGAAAUAUAAUUGUUAAUAUUAGUUGGCAUGGGUCUUUACUUCAACGUUAUUGUGUUGAUGUAUUUUUAGUACUUUUUAAGACUUUUUCUGCUAGAUGUUUUCUAAGACACCUUUUCCUUCUGUUUGACCAGAAAUCAAAGCCUUUGCUUAUUCAAAUAAUGUUAGAUGGAAAAUGGUUGAAAAAUGUAUCUAUGCCUUCAUUUCUAAAAAAAUAUAGACUCUUAGCUUUUAUUUGACACCAAGAACUUCACAUCGUAGUGCUCAUGGGGCUUUUUACCUGGAAAUGCCCCCAUCUUCUCUUUUGAUUAAGGCUUGAGGGCCAAAACGCCUCCAUUAUGACUGCUGAAAAUACAUCUUAGUAAUAGUUUAUUUGCGAGUCAUGACCGUAUUUCUCAUACUCUAUUUCUAUCUCCUCCACAGACGGAGAACAUCGAUGGGAUCUUCUGCGUGCCGGACAUCAAGCUGCAUAGCAACCCAUCGGCAUUCAACGUGUACUGCAACGUGCGUCACUGCGUGCUGGACUGGCAGCAGCGGGAGGCAUCCCUGUCUCUGGCCUCGAGGAGCUCUGUGCAGAGCGGCGACUCGGACAGCGAGGAGGAGGAGGAGUACCGUGAGCCCACCUUCAAGCUUCCCAAGGUAACCAAUGCCAUCUGUUAUGUUACUUCAGAAGCAGAGUGAUGGGAACAGGGUUGGUGGAAAGGUAGAAAUAGAGUAUGACAGACAUUCCCAUUCAAAUCAACGUUCCAUGACCGGUGUACCCACAUGUAGUCAAAUUAAGUGCUCAAUCAAAUUGCUGUGAUCGGAAGGGCUUUGUCCAUUCGAUUAAUUACAUUUUUGUGGGUGGAAAGUAACAAUGGGCAAGUUAAAACAAAUGCACUCUGAGUGAGGCAAACUGGGUAGGUGGAGGGGAGAGGGAUGCUUGCCGUUAUGACCUGAGAAGUAGUCCUACAUUUGAUUUAUUAGGAUCCCCAUUAGCCGACGACAAUGGCGACAGCUAGUCUUACUGGGGAUCGACACAUAACGAAAAAUACAUUACAGACAAAAUACUUUACAAUUUACAUGCACACACUACAUGUUAAUGUUUUUAAAUGUAUCUAUCAGUUACACAUACAUGUCAGUACAUACACACAACAAGUAGGUCACAUGGGGGAGAGGCGUUGUGCCGUGAGGUGUUGCUUUAUUAGUUUUUUUGAUACCAGGUUUGCUGUUCAUUUCGCUAUAUAAGAUGGAAGGGAGUUCCAUGCACUCAUGGCUCUGUAUAAUACUGUACGUUUCCUUGAAUUUGUUCUGGACCUGGGGACUAUGAAAAGACCCCUGGUGGCAUGUCUGGUGGGGUAAGUGUGUGUGUAAGUUGACUAUGCAAACAAUUUUGAAUUUCUAACACAUUAAUGUGUCUUAUAAAAUCAAGAAGUGACGCAGUCAGUCUUUCCUCAACUCUUAGACAAAAAGAGACUGGCAUUAAUAUUCAUUCUCUAUAAGCAUGCUGAAAGUCUGUUGUUAAUUUGAGAAAUAGCAUUGUAUUUGGUCAAACACCAUUUUUUCCAACUGUUUGCUAAGAGCUGGCAGCAAGCUGAUAGGUCUGCUGUUAGAACCAGUAAAGGCCUCUUUACCACUCUUGGGUAGCGGAAUGACUGGCUUCCCUCCAGGCCUAAGGACAAAGACUUUCCUCUAAGCUCACAUUAAAGAUAUAACAGAUAGGAGUGGCUAUAGAGUCUGUCUAAGUUGUCAAUGUCAGGAGGUUUGUCAUUAUUGAUCGAUAACAAUACUUUUUCCACCUCUCCCACACUAACUUUACAAAAUUCAAACUUGCAAUAUUUUUUACCUGACUCGCUUUUCAAAGAUGGCUAGAAAUGUACAUGUUUGGUGCUCUUAUAGGAAGCAAUCACUCCCACAUUACUGACUACAAAUUAGCUAUAACUGGGCUAAUAACUCACUAACUAGCAAAGAAUAUGAACAAAUGUGCACGUGGCUACAUGCAGCUCUCGCUUUGUUCUCAAAACAAGCGCAUAAUAAUCGCGACCACUCAUGCUGUAAAACAGUCCAGUUCAAAGUGAAUGGCAUAAAUCCAUAUAUGGCAGUGGUCUAUUUGCAUAUAGGCCUACUGCUGCUCUGAUUGUUGAUGGCGCACCGUGUAGAGUACGGGUCUGAGUCGUGCCUGCAAUAGAAUCCUACUCGGAUGCGCUCUGCCUAAAACAAAAUCUCUUGCAUAGUUUGUUUUGGUUUCGGUAUGUUUCAUUGAAAGUGGCUAAUAUUGCAUUGAUUCGAUCAUAAUUCCCACAUUAAAGGGAAACGUUAAUAGUGUUAACUAAUAGGGAAAACUUUAGGAAGUUGUGAAGUUCAAUCUUGUGCUUCUCUGCGCAGGCUGAUAUUUAUUUUGACGGCAGUCCUGGGGAGCUGCAUGAGUGCUCCCUGCAUGCUUGCAGCUUAGUAGGGAACAUUGCUCCUAAGUAAGUUGCACAUCAUAUGUGAGCGACCGGCUCGAUUCGGUCUUAUGUAGCAACAUUUUAUUUUUAUUUUUACAUUGGAUAAAAGUAGUAAAACUGUAUACUACAGCUGAAGAACAAUGGGAAAGUAAUUCUGCUUUGAAAGUUUUCUCACUUUUGAGAAAAUGGCCCUUGAAUGUUUAAGUAAACCUAUUGGAGAGGUCUUCUUUGUCUACACCCAUUCGUCAUCAUUCACAACCCAUCUCUUAAGGAUUCACAUGUGAGGCCAUAUACUAAACAACAAAAUAUUUCAAAACGAAAGGCUGGUUUAUACUACGUCUAUCGACAGUUGUCGCAGUGACAUCAUGGACAUUCUAUUGUCGUCCGACAUCAAACUCGUUAUGAAAAAGUAUAAACACAAACUACAGGCUGCAUGAUGCCUGGUGGUCCAAAAUAGCAUAACUAGUGUAUUUUAACACCAAUAAACCCACCCGUUUUAAAAAUGUGUAUAUGUCAAUCUAGCAAACCAGGCAACUAAAAGCAUAUUUCUAAACAAUGUUUUGGUUAGUUUCUAGCUUGUAAGCUGACUAGCCAGUUCAAAUAAUGACCAUAUCAUAUAGCUGACAACGUCUACACAUUAGCUAAUUUGUCUUCAUUCAACAAGAUCAUUAUUUACAAGUUAAUGGCGAGCCAAUUACAGAAAAUAGCUUACAGUUCUGAGUGUGACUAAAUAAAAGCAGGGCAUUCAACCGGAGAAUUUUAGAAUUUUAGAACUUGGACACAGUAAAUUCGCUCUGGCUAUCUACUCCGAUUUCAGAGCACUCUCGUCUGAGUGUGCCAGAGCGCAGAAUAACUGAUGAAUUUGCGAACUUUCAACACCCGUUGAAUAUGGCCGGUGUCAGUAAACUGUAAUUAAAAUUGUUGCCAGCAGCACAGUUACAGUCACCAACGCUAUGGAUAACAUGAAAACAGCCUAACCAGCUCUGCUAGGGUGAGUAAAAUGGUCAGAGUGCGGUGUUCUCUCAUUUGUGUCUGGGAGUAGCUAGCAAGCUAGCCAACGUUAGCUUGGGUACUUGACUGCCGUUUUGAGGUCAGAAUGCUUGGAUCAACCCUACUCCUCGGCCAGAGCAUCCAGUGUGCACUCUCAACGCUCUGAGAGAAAAACGCUCUGAAUGCACAGGAUACAGAAGGUGUAGUGAAAUGGUUACUUGCAUAGUGGAGUCUUUUGUUUAGACAUGUACAGUGAGGGAAAAAAGUAUAUGAUCCCCUGCUGAUUUUGUACGUUUGCCCACUGACAAAGAAAUGAUCAGUCUAUAAUUUUAAUGGUACGUUUAUUUGAACAGUGAGAGACAGAAUAAGAACAAAAAAAUCCAGAAAAACGCAUGUCAAAAUGUUAUAAAUUGAUUUGCAUUUUAAUGAGGGAAAUAAGUAUUUGACCCCCUCUCAAUCAGAAAGAUUUCUGUCUCCCAGUUGUCUUUUAUACAGGUAACAAGCUGAGAUUAGGAGCACACUCUUAAAGGGAGUGCUCCUAAUCUCAGUUUGUUACCUGUAUAAAAGACACCUGUCCACAGAAGCAAUCAAUCAAUCAGAUUCCAAACUCUCCACCAUGGCCAAGACCAAAGAGCUCUCCAAUGAUGUCAGGGACAAGAUUGUAGACCUACACAAGGCUGGAAUGGGCUACAAGACCAUCACCAAGCAGCUUGGUGAGAAGGUGACAACAGUUGGUGCGAUUAUUCGCAAAUGGAAGAAACACAAAAUAACUGUCAAUCUCCCUCGGCCUGGGGCUCCAUGCAAGAUCUCACCUCGUGGAGUUGCAAUGAUCAUGAGAACGGUGAGGAAUCGGCCCAGAACUACACGGGAGGAUCUUGUCAAUGAUCUCAAGGCAGCUGGGACCAUAGUCACCAAGAAAACAUUUGGUAACACACUACGCUGUGAAGGACUGAAAACCUGCAGCACCCGCAAGGUCCCCCUGCUCAAGAAAGCACAUAUACAGGCCCGUCUGGAGUUUGCUAAUGAACAUCUGAAUGAUUCAGAGGAGAACUGGGUGAAAGUGUUGUGGUCAGAUGAGACCAAAAUGGAGCUCUUUGGCAUCAACUCAACUCGCUGUGUUUGGAGGAGGAGGAAUGCUGCCUAUGACCUCAAGAACACCAUCCCCACCGUCAAAUAUGGUGGUGGAAACAUUAUGCUUUGGGGGUGUUUUUCUGCUAAGGGGACAGGACAACUUUACCGCAUCAAAGGGACGAUGGACGGGGCCAUGUACUGUCAAAUCUUGGGUGAGAACCUCCUUCCCUCAGCCAGGGCAUUGAAAAUGGGUCAUGAAUGGGUUUCCAGCAUGAUAAUGACCCAAAACACACGGCCAAGGCAACAAAGGAGUGGCUCAAGAAAAAGCACAUUAAGGUCCUGGAGUGGCCUAGCCAGUCUCCAGUCCUUAAUCCCAUAGAAAAUCUGUGGAGGGAGCUGAAGGUUCGUGUUGCCAAACGUCAGCCUCGAAACCUUAAUGACUUGGAGAAGACCUGCAAAGAGGAGUGGGACAAAAUCCCCCCUGAGAUGUGUGCAAAACUGGUGGCCAACUACAAGAAACGUCUGACCUCUGUGAUUGCCAACAAGUACUAAGUCAUGUUUUGCAGAGAGGUCAAAUACUUAUUUCCCUCAUUAAAAUGCAAAUCAAUUCAUAACAUUUUUGACAUGCGUUUUUCUGGAUUUUUUUGUUGUUAUUCUGUCUCUCACUGUUCAAAUAAACCUACCAUUAAAAUGAUAGACUGAUCAUUUCUUUGUCAGUGGGCAAACGUACAAAAUCAGCAGGGGAUCAAAUACUUUUUUCCCUCACUGUAGGUAGCUAACUAGCUAGCUAAACAAUGAACCAUAAUCCCAACUCAUAACGUUACUACCCUGCAUGAAUAUGCAGGUAGCUAACCAACCAGUUUCAAUGUUAGCUAGCUAUUUAACAUUAGGCAAUAACUAGCAAUGCAAAUGGCUUUGAGAUACGAAUAAUAUUACUACACAGAUCAUACAUGUAACAUUAGCUAGAGAGCCAGCCAGCUAACGUUAGCUAGCUAGCUAACAGAACGCUUUAACUUGAAAUGUAAAUUACUUUCUGACAAAAUUAGAAACUUAUAAUAUCUGAAAAUGUAGCUAGCUGGACUAUCUUACCCGUAUACAUGGAUGGACACUUCUCUCCCUCUGUCACGGAUGCCAUGGCUGCCCUUAGUUUGAAGAUGUAAUCCGGAGACAUUUGUCUUAGACAACAACCUUCUGUGUUCUCUUUUCAACUCCCUCUGCAUAUUUGCAAUCAAACGCCAGAAUUCUCUCCAUCUCCUUAGCUAUCAUACUCUAAUUCCACCUGGCAUUCCACUAAUUUCAAAACUCGGUCCUACAGAAAGUGGAGAGCAACACUUUUGCAGUUCUGCUACGUGAUAUCUUUCAAAAAAGCUGCGUUAGAAAGGAAUACCUACACAUACUGACCAGCUCAUGUUAUAGACAGAAGCGUGCUACAUGUAUUUGUAUUUAUUAUGGAUCCACAUUAGCUACUCUUCCUGGGGUCCAGCAAAAUUAAGGCAGUUCAUACAAUUGUAAUACAUUCACAGAUUUCACAACACAAUGUGUGCCCUUAGGCCCCUACUCCACCACUGCCACAUAUCUACAGUACAAAAUCCAUGUGUACGUGUGUGUAUAUUAUUGUGUGUGUUUAUGCAUUUGUCUUUGCCUAUGUUUGUGUUGCUUCACAGUCCCCGCUGUUCUGUAAGGUGUUUUUUGUAUCUGUUUUUUAAAUCUGAUUUUACUACUUGCAUCAGUUACUUGAUGUGGAAUAGAGUUCCAUGUAGUCAUUGCUCUAUGUAGUACUGUGCACCUCCCAUAUUCUUUUCUGGACUUGGGGACAGUGAAGAGACCUCUGGUGGCAUGUCUUGUGGGGUAUGCAUGGGUGUCCGAGCUUUGCGCCAGUCCUUUUUCUUCCUUUACUCGGAAGCGGUGGACAGUGUGCACUCCUGAGUCGGAUUAGAUGUCCACUUGAAUACCUCUUCUCCGUUGGCGGUGUCUUGGAGCAGCCUCUGGGAUAUGUUCAAUUGCCCUGGGGGUUACAAACAAAGGAUCCAAUUCGGGAAUGUCGUAUUCCUGGUCGUAAUGCUGGUGUGUUACCGCCACUCUGAUAUCCAAAAGUUAUUUCCGGCUGUAUGUAAUAACACAAAAAAACUUUCUGGGUUAAUAAUGUAAGAAAUAACACAGAAAAGAACAAAACACUGCAAAGUUGCUUAUUCCUCCAUCAGUUUUUUUAAUAUAAUUUUGCCGUGAUGGCGAGCGGGGAUGCAGAUCCUGAUCAGUCUUCUGUUACAUUUGAUACAUUGGAGCAGCACGGAGAGCGAGCAAAGUUGAUACAUUGCAUAUCAUUUAAUCCCUGGUAUAACCAGUGCACAGGCCAGUCUGAGUAGGCAUAGCACGUUCUCUGUCACGCAGCAGUGCCAGAGAAGAAAAAUAGCUUUGCGACAGGCAUGUGUGCAGUUUAACAGCAAAGAAAACAUCUCGUAUCUAGCUCAAAUGGUAAAAAAAAUAUCACCAAUACAACCGGAGCUACCUUUUUUUAUUAUUAUUUUUUUUAAUUACGCACGCGUUUGAUAUAAUUUCACAAACCAUGUCACGGGUCGAUAAUUAUUGGUUUGAUAACAAACAGUGUUGUUCAGUCAUGUUCCCUAGCUUGCUAACAACCUGUUAACUUGACAGAUAAUUUCUGGUGCUCCUUACAUUCUGUUUGGUGCCUCACGUUUUUAAAAGUUGUGAGCAUUGCGUUUGUGGGAGAGAGAGCGGUGUGUGUUUAUGUUAGAGAGGGAGACCAAGUGUGUGUGUGUGUUACAACUGAAGAGUAAAGAAGGUUUCAUGCAGUGUUUUCCCCUUACUGCCACAAUGACAUGCAGAUCAUUAUGCAUGUAUAUUCCUUCCUCCCAUUCCUCCAGCCAAAUCACAGAUAGGCCUUUGCAAAUAUUAACAAAUCAGCCAUUCUAAGUGUGAAUAUCAGUGACAGGUUUUUUGUGUAGCACAUGCGCAUAACGUUUAGAAAACAGGAACUAUUGUCAGGAGGAUGUGGCGAACAGGACGCUAGGUCACUCCGUUUCCACAAUGUAUGAUCUGGGCUGUUCAUCUUGACCUUUCACUGUUGUCGUGGUCGUCCAGCCUUUGUCUUGGUCAAGCACGGAGUCACCUGGCUAUAGUGGUGGCAGGGGUCUGGCUCCGUGACGCCUGUUGUAGUAGGUCCUGUGAAUGCUUUUGCCUCAGUCUUGCUUAGCAACCUUCUUAAAGUCUGUCCACCUAGGUUCUUUGACAGGGUUGGAAGCGUCGUCCGUAACUGACGCUCCAUGAAUAGUUGUGCUGGGCUACAGCCUGUAGCCACAAUCGGUGUCACUCUGUCUGUAAGGAGAGCGAGAAAGGGGUCUUCUUGCUUUAAUAUUUUCUUAGCUGUCUGGACAGCUCUCGCAACUUCUCCAUUAGCUUGUGGGAAGUGAGGGCUGCCAUAUCACGUGAUGGAAGCCAUACUCUUCCUUGAAAGACUGGAACUCAGAAGACGUGAACUGCCUUGCAUUAUCGGACACCAAGACCUCUGCUAUUCCGAAAUGCGAGAACAUGCUCUUCAGCUUCCCGAUCACUCUUUUGCUUGAUGCAUCUGGCAUGUGUACGACUUCUAUGAAUCUCGAGAAAUAGUCAACAACAACCAGGUACUGCUGUCUGUCAACCUAAGGCACAUAAGUAAUACAGCAAAAAAUGUGGCAAAGAAAUUAACUUUUUGUCCUGAAUACAAAGCGUUAUGUUUGGGGGAAAUCCAAUACAACACAUGUACCACUCUUAUUAUUUUCAAGCAUGGUGGUGGCUGCAUCAUGUUAUGGGUAUGCUUGUCAUCGUCAAGGGAGUUUUUUUUGGGGGGGGAUAAACAUAAACUGAAUACAGCUUUAAGCAUAGGCACUGGGAGACGAAUUCACCUUUCAGCAUGACAAUAACCUAAAACAUAAGGCCAAAUCUACACUGGAGUUGCUUACCAAGAUGACAUUGAAUGUUCCUGAGCGGCCUAAUUACAAUUUUGACUUAAAUCAGCUUGAAAAUCUAUGGCAAGACUUGAUCAACAAUCAACUUGACAGAGCUUGAAUAAUUUUUUAUAGAAUAGUUGGCCAAUAGUGUACAAUCCAGGUGUGCAAUGCUCUUAGAGACUUACUCAAAAAGACUCACAGCUGUAAUCGCCACCAAAGGUGCUUCUACAAAGUAUUGACUCAGGGGUGUGAAUACUUAUGUAAAUGUGAUAUUUCUGUAUUUCAUUUUCAAUAAAUUAGCAAAAAUGUUUAAAAACAUGUUUUCACUUGGUCAUUAUGUGGUAUUGUGUAGAUUGGUGAGAUUUAUUUUUAAUCCAUUUUGAAUUCAGGCUGUAACACAACAAAAUGUAGAAUAUGUCAAGGGGUAUGAAUACUUUCUGAAGACGCUGUAACUACAGGAAACAGACAAAAGACAACGAAAAUGAGCGUUUCUUAUUGGGUAAGUCAGGUAGACGGUCUUCACUGUUUCAAUCUGUUUUUGUCCAUUUUGUGCCUUAUCAAUAAGAUGUGGGUUGUUGGAUGUUUGGGGGGGGGGGGGGGGGGGGUGGAUAAUAGGAGAGAGCAGUGGUCCAUUUCUAUCUUUGCACAACCCCCAGAUUGAUACAACUCUGAAAGUUGCCUGUAUAGAACCCAAUAAAUGGGAAUGUGCAUGUUUAGACCAAUUUUUUCAUAUAGAGGUCUAGCCUAAAUUUUGUGGAUUGAGUGUUAUCUAGGCUAAACCCUUUCUGUGGGGUUUUUGGUUUUAGAUUAAAUGGUACCAGUGACUGCUUUUCUCUCUUUAGAUAAUUGGCGCUGGACAAUGUUAGGUAUUUAAACCUCUCUUUGGCGUAGGUGGUAUUUUGCGUUCUGUGUGAUGUUGUAGCUUAUAGCUAUCUGAUAAUAACUGUAUGGUGUGUGUGUUUUCUCUCUAGAUCAUUGGCAUCGGUCUGUGUGGGGUGUUUGAGCUGAUCAAGGAGACUCGGUUCUCCCACCCCUCGCUGUGCCUGCGCAGCCUACAGGCCCUGCUGGACAUGCUGCAGGGACAACAGCCAGAGGGCUUCCAGACCGAACCUCCUGAUGUACUGGGUGAGUACUAGCACACAGAUACAGUGGGGAGAACAAGUAUUUGAUACACUGCCCAUUUUGCAGGGUUUCCUACUUACAAAGCAUGUAGAGGUCUGUAAUUUUUAUCAUAGGUACACUUCAUAGGUACACUUCAAAAUCCAGAAAAUCACGUUGUAUGAUUUUUAAGUAAUUCAUUUGCAUUUUAUUGCAUGACAUAAGUAUUUGAUACAUCAGAAAAGCAGAACUUAAUAUUUGGUACAGAAACCUUUGUUUGCAAUUACAGAGAUCAUACGUUUCCUGUAGGUCUUGACCAGGUUUGCACACACUGCAGCAUGGAUUUUGGCCCACUCCUCCAUACAGACCUUCUCCAGAUCCUUCAGGUUUCGGGGCUGUCGCUGGGCAAUACGGACUUUCAGCUCCCUCCAAAGAUUUUCUAUUGGGUUCAGGUCUGGAGACUGGCUAGGCCACUCCAAUACCUUGAGAUGCUUCUUACGGAGCCACUCCUUAGUUGCCCUGGCUGUGUGUUUCGGGUCGUUGUCAUGCUGAAAGACCCAGCCACGACCCAUCUUCAAUGCUCUUACUGAGGGAAGGAGGUUGUUGGCCAAGAUCUCACGAUACAUGGCCCCAUCCAUCCUCCCCUCAAUACGGUGCAGUCGUCCUGUCCCCUUUGCAGAAAAGCAUCCCCAAAAAAUGAUGUUUCCACCUCCAUACUUCACGGUUGGGAUGGUGUUCUUGGGGUUGUACUCAUCCUUCUUCUUCCUCCAAAUACGGCGAGUGGAGUUUAGACCAAAAAGCUAUAUUUUUUGUCUCAUCAGACCACAUGACCUUCUCCCAUUCCCCCUCUGGAUCAUUCAGAUGGUCAUUGGCAAACUUCAGACGGGCCUGGACAUGCGCUGGCUUGAGCAGGGGGACCUUGCGUGCGCUGCAGGAUUUUAAUCCAUGACGGCGUAGUGUGUUACUAAUGGUUUUCUUUGAGACUGUGGUCCCAGCUCUCUUCAGGUCAUUGAUCAGGUCCUGCCGUGUAGUUCUGGGCUGAUCCCUCACCUUCCUCAUGAUCAUUGAUGCCCCACAAGGUGAGAUCUUGCAUGGAUCCCCAGACCGAGGGUGAUUGACCGUCAUCUUGAACUUCUUCCAUUUUCUAAUAAUUGCGCCAACAGUUGUUGCCUUUUCACCAAGCUGCUUGCCUAUUGUCCUGUAGCCCAUCCCAGCCUUAUGCAGGUCUACAAUUUUAUCCCUGAUGUCCUUACACAGCUCUCUGGUCUUGGCCAUUGUGGAGAGGUUGGAGUCUGUUUGAUUGAGUGUGUGGACAGGUGUCUUUUAUACAGGUAACAAGUUCAAACAGGUGCAGUUAAUACAGGUAAUGAGUGGAGAACAGGAGGGCUUCUUAAAGAAAAACUAACAGGUCUGUGAGAGCCGAAAUUCUUACUGGUUGGUAGGUGAUCAAAUACUUACGUCAUGCAAUAAAAUGCAAAUUAAUUACUUAAAAAUCAUACAAUGUGAUUUUCUGGAUUUUUGUUUUAGAUUCCGUCUCUCACAGUUGAAGUGCACCUAUGAUAAAAAUUACAGACCUCUACAUACUUUUUUAUAAGUAGGAAAACCUGCAAAAUCGGCAGUGUAUCAAAUACUUGUUCUCCCCACUGUACAUGGGAAGACACAUGCACAUGCUAGGGCUGGGCGGUAAACUCUAUUUUACUGUAUACCGGUGUUGAUGCACGGUCCAGUUUGGAUUUUUACUUUCUAUAACGGUAUAAUGGCAAUCGUCUGUUUUUAACGCCAGUACGAGAUUUCUAACAGCUGAGAAUGGCUAAUGAGCUUCGAGAGCACAGACAACUUUUUCUCCCCGUGAACCUCUUGUUCUCAUGUUGUAUUUUUGUUUUAUUCUCCCUCGCUCCUCUGUGCACCUUCCCACACUUACACACACACACACCAAGCCCCUCCCCCUGCCACUCACAACAGAGAUCGCCCCUUUUGACAACAAGCAGUUCCAAAUCAAACUUGUGGUUUGGUCCAACAGAAUCGGUCAUAUGGACAUCCAAAAACAUUUGUACAUUAUUUUUGUGUAAUAGAGGAGAACUUCACCUUUUUAACUAUACCUGUUUUAUGUAUCAACUCCUCAAAAUGAGCGCAGAUCGAACUCUACUAAAACAGGAGUAUCAAUGAAUGUUGAUUCUGGAAAAUUGCUGUUUGUCUGUGUGCGGCAUUAUGGUAGCGCUAGCAGCAUUUUAGCCACAGAGUGUUAUAUGCUAGCUGUUUUGUAUAUGUUUUUAUACAUUUGCAAUGAGCAUAAAAAUCAUUUAUAUAAGUACUAGGCAACUCAUUCUCAUUCUGAGAAAUAAGCAUCUUCUUAUCCAGGUAGCUACUUGAUUUCAAUAUCUAAACAAAGUCAACAGGUUAGCAUGCUGUUCAAACAGGUAGAGAUACAGGAGACUGUGUUCAUAACAGUUCAACUAUUCUACCUUGUUAGCUAGCUAAUAGACCCAAGUUGGCAAGACUUGAAAUAUAGACACUAGCUGGCAACUCACUAGCACCUGGGCUUGUGCUUGAGAGAAUGUUUGAGAUCUAUGUUAAUUUUCUACAAUGCAUUCACCCGCUGAAAAAGCUUGGUCAUUAUUAGUGGAUGUGUAUUGUGCAUGGUUCUGGUUAAAUUUGUAACAAAAGUGGCAUUUUCAUAGAAAGACUUGAACUGCAAAAAGGCAGGUUAAGCUAUUUUGAUAAAAUACUUUUAUUGUUAGUGGGUCUAUAUUUACGAACACACACACAUUAUGUUUUUCAAUCCUCGUGGGGACCUAAAUUAAUUUGAUUCAAAAUCUUAUUUUCCCUAAUCCCUAACCCUAAACAUAACCCUUACCAUAACCCUCACCUUAACCUGUAACCCAAACCCUAAUCUUAAAAAAGCCUUUGUCCUCAUUGGGAUGUGGGAAAUGUCCCGACGAGGGAGAAUUUUCCACCUUUUACUACUACAUAGACACACACUCGCACGCACUUGUUCAGACACAGGUAUGCACACACAUAUUGCAGACACACAGCCCUUCCUAACCCUCCAUCUCCUCACUACAGAGUCUCUGUUCCACUUGCUGUUGGAGACAACGGUGCGCAGCACGGGGAUGAAUGACCCCACUGGUCAGGCCCUCACCACCCUGUCCUGCGCCUGCCUCUUCAGCCUGGUGGUGUCCUGGGGAGACACAGGCAAGACCCUGCAGGCCGUCUCCGCCAUCCUCACCAACAACGGCAGUCACGCCUGCCAGACUAUCCAGGUGAGACGAUGUGGCGUAACACAACACUAAAUAAUAAUAAUAAUAAUAUGCCAUUUAGCAGACGCUUUUAUCCAAAGCGACUUACAGUCAUGCGUGCAUAAAUUUUUAUGUAUGGGAGGUCCCGGGGAUCGAACCCACUACCUUGGCGUUACAAGCGCCGUGCUCUACCAGCUGAGCUACAGAUAACACAUCCUGAGUGGCGCAGUGGUCUAAGGCACUGCAUCGCAGUGCUAACUGUGCCACUAGAGAUCCUGGUUCGAAUCCAGGCUCUGUCGCUGCCGGCCGCGACCGGGAGACUCAUGGGCGGCGCACAAUUGGCCCAGCGUCAUCCAGGGUAGGGGAGGGAAUGGCCGGCAGGGAUGUAGCUCAGUUGAUAGAGCAUGGCGUUUGCGACGCCAGGGUUGUGGGUUUGAUUCCCACGGGGGGCCAAUAUAAAAAAAAUAAUGUAUUCACUAACUGUAAGUCGCUCUGGAUAAGAGCGUCUGCUAAAUGACUAAAAUGUAAAAUGUAAAUAAAUGGGUCUGCGGGACCCCAAACCUAUCCAACCAGAAAAUCAUUCAAACGUUACACAUCGCCAGUUUACUAAAUGUUUUUGCUCAAGCAGAAUGGCACCGGAGGGGAUGGCUGCCGUUUUAUGGACUCUUAUCCAACCGUGCUAUAUAUAUAUGUUUUUCUCGCAUUGUUUGUCACUUAUUUUGUACAUAUGUUUCUGCUACCGUCUCUUACGACCGAAAAGAGCUUCUGGACAUCAGAACAGCGAUUACACUCCUUAAACUGGACGAAUAACUUUUCUUUAAUGAGUCGGACGAGAGGGAUUUGCUCGGUCAAUAAAGAAGUGGUCAGAUGAAGCAGAUGCUAAGCUACAGGACUAUUUUGCUAGCACAGACUGGAAUAUGUUCCGGGAUUCUUCCAAUAGCAUUGAGGAGUACACCACAUCAGUCACUGGCUUCAUCAAUAAGUGCAUCGAUGACGUCGUCCCCACAGUGACUGUAUACACAUACCCCAACCAGAAGCCAUGGAUUACAGGCAACAGCCGCACUGAGCUAAAGGGUAGAGCUGCCGCUUUCAAGGAGCGGGACUCUAACCCGGAAGUUAUAAGAAAUCCCGCUAUGCCCUCCGACGAACCAUCAAACAGGCAAAGCGUCAAUACAGGACUAAGAUCGAAUCGUACUACACCGGCUCCGACGCUCGUCGGAUGUGGCAGGGCUUGCAAACUAUUACAGACUACAAAGGGAAGCACAGCCGCGAGCUGCCCAUUGACACAAGCUUACCAGAUGAGCUAAAUUACUUCUAUGCUCGCUUCGAGGCAAGCGACACUGAAACAUGCAUGAGAGCAUCAGCUGUUCCGGACGACUGUGUGAUCACGCUCUCCAUAGCCGAUGUGAGUAAGACCUUUAAACAGGUCAACAUUCACAAGGCCGCAGGGCCAGACGGAUUACCAGGACGUGUACUCAGAGCAUGCGCUGACCAACUGGCAAGUGUCUUCACUGACAUUUUCAACCUCUCCCUGUCUGAGUCUGUAAUACCAACAUGUUUCAAGCAGACCACUAUAAUCCCUGUGCCCAAGAACACUAAGGUAACCUGCCUAAAUGACUACCGACCCGUAGCACUCACGUCUGUAGCCAUGAAGUGCUUUGAAAGGCUGUUCAUGGCUCACAUCAACACCAUUAUCCCAGAAACCCUAGAUCCACUCCAAUUUGCAUACCGCCCCAACAGAUCCACAGAUGAUGCAAUCUCUGUUGUGCUCCACACUGCCCUUUCACACCUGGACAAAAGGAACACCUACGUGAGAAUGCUAUUAAUUGACUACAGCUCAGCGUUCAACACCAUAGUUCCCUCAAAGCUCAUCACUAAGCUAAGGACCCUGGGACUAAACACCUCCCUCUGCAACUGUAUCCUGGACUUCCUGACGGGCCGCCCCCAGGUGGUAAGGGUAGGUAACAACACAUCCGCCACGCUAAUCCUCAUCGUGGCGGAUGUGUCACACGAGAUGGAGUCACAAUCCAUGCCACGACCUGUGAGCUCUGGAACUCCACCUCCGACAGGCAGAGGCAACACACAUGGAGGGUUCGUCAGGUCGUCGGGUCACCCUGACAUUUCCAUUCCUCUUCUGAUACCAGAACUUGACGAACUGCUCACCAGGCACAGCAAGGGCCGUCCAGACCGUUAUGCUGUUCUGCUAUUCCAAGGAUGUGUAACCGAAGAGAGAUACAACGAGUGGACACGGAAUACCAACUGGGAUGGAUCCCGAGGCAAAUGUGGCUUACCAGUGAACCUCUGAGUGUUCAUCAUGAAUACUGUGUCUCAGAAGUUUCUGUCAAUGAGUGAUGCAACCCGAAAAAGCAUUAAAGACAGAGUUAAUGAGUACUUGAGGUCACCGAGAAAGUCUGGACUGCUCUCCCUUAUGUAAGAAAUUAGGCACUUUACUAUGUUUACUAUGUAGGCUACAGUAAACAUCUCAUUGUCCCGUUGGUUGUUAUCAGACUGCACAGUAGCCUAAUAAACAUAUGCAUUUUAAACGUUUUUUUUUUUUAAUGGAAUUUUAUAAUAUAUUUGUACCACUGUAGAUGCUGUGUUUUUAUUUUUAGAAUACAGUUCUCGGUUUACAGUAGUGAUGUUUUCAAACACUUGUUUUUCACAAGUGUAGCAGGUUGUGAACUCUGCAAACAACGUUUCCACUCUGAGAAUGAGAAUGGUAAAUGACUGUAAUUAAUAAAUUAAUUCAUACAUUAGAAUACAAAAGAAGCCAUCUACCCAUGAUGGGCUAUUAGCAGGACAAUAGACUCUUGCCAUGAAGGAGAUCAAGGAGGGUAGGAGGAGCGUUGUAUUUUAUAGUAGCCUAAUAAACAUUUGCAUUUUGAAAAAGUUUGAAAAAAUCAAGUUCAAUAAUAUAUUUAUACCAAUGUACAUGCUCUGUUUUUCAUUGAUGGCGAAGCCAUAAAGCCUCUACUACUAUGCACAGAUAUAAAAAAAAUAAAGGUUUAACAUAUUUUGAAUUCAUUCCUGAAUUCAAUUGCUUUAGCCGACAUGUUGCAGUUUAUUUAUUGUUUAAUUAUUCAAGGAUCCCUUUUCUUGGAAUAGAAACACACUUCUCUGUGCUUCUACAGAGAAGUGUGUUUCUACAUCGGCAUUGCUUCUACAUCUGCAUUGCUUGCUGUUUGGGGUUUUAGGCUGGGUUUCUGUAUAGCACUUUGUGACAUCUGCUGAUGUAAAAAGGACUUUAUAAAUAACGUGAUUGAUUGAUUGAUUACUGGAGUUCUUUUAAGAAUACAAAAGAAGCCAUUCACCCUUGAUGGGCUAUAAGCAGGACAAUAGACUCUUGCCGAGUUUAGGGACUUUAAAUGUAUUAAUGGAUGUUUACGAGGCAUGUCACUUCUCCCAUCUCUUUGCGUAGCCCACCAAUUGCUCUGUUUUCUAACCACAUCUGGAUGGAUCCAUAACGAAUUACUAUGGGAAGAAAUAUCACUGAAUGACAGAAAUAUUGGAAUAAAGUAGGCUAAUGAAGGCAACAAAUGGUUGCUUACUGAAACACCCAAUGUCGUCCAAUUUUUAUAAUAGGAUUUGAAACAAUAUCCUACCCAACUAUUUCAGCACCGUUUCGCGCUGCUUUGAGACAAGCAUGGAGACUGGCCUUGAUAACUCAAUCAUAUUUUUAUUUUCACUGAAUUUCUGUUUGGGUAUUGGUUAGCCUACAAUUAGGGUGUGGAAAUGUUAGGAUUAUUUUGCUCUUCACUUGCAGUCGCUUAGUAGCCUAGGCCUACUCCCGACCGGUCACGUUGUACAACACCAUAUUUUCCUAACGGAAACCCUGAGGCCUACAUAGGCUACUGUAAAAUGCAUUUUCGUUUUUCUUGGAAUAGAAACACCAUAAUAUUAAUCAAUUUAACUAAGCUAAAUUUCUACAAAAAAAGGUUUUAAAGUCUCUAGUACAGCCAAUAUUAAAAACAGUGAAAUGCAUUAGUGAAUUCAAUCGCUUUACCCUUUGUUAUUUUGUUGUAUAACUAAAAUGCUUGACUGUAUUUAAAGACAUGGAUGACUUGUAUGUUGUGUGAUGACAUGCACAAAUGAAUGAAUGUUUGAUAUACUGUAUAUUGAAGUAGGCCUUUAUGCCAAUAAGUUACGCUAAAACAUCUACAGUAAACAGGACUCUUAACCCUAUAGCCCCUUGUCAUUUCAAUAACUUAGCUUCUCAAAGAUGCCCCCUGGUGGUCAAACUAGCAUUAAUGGCAACAAUGGCUGACAGUAAAAUAAUAUCACGUCAUGCCAUACAAUUAUGACGCAACUUUUAAAGGAAGAACCAUGUAUUGCAUGUGUCACGUAAAGAGAGCAAGAGUUGUGGGAAUAUAGGGAAUGUUUUUCCUAAACAAAUUAGGGGCUUUGGUGACAGAACUUUUCAGUCAGAAAUGGCUGUAAUUAUGUUGCAGCUUCAGCAACACGGACAGCGCGAUAAACACUUUGAUGUUCUGUGGUGGUUGCUGCAGCAGGGAGGAGAGCGCGACAACGCAUGCUAGUCACAGUCAUUCGCUGUCUUUUUUAUUUUAACACAGCGCACAAAGUCUGAGCCCGGCACAAUCAAAUCAAUUGCUGUUCCCUCUAGUCAUUUGUGUGUCUUAAUUAUUUUUUCAAACCGUGUGCUUAAAGCAUCAGACAAGCUCAGUGAAAUAGUUGAUUUGAUUAAAACACAUAGGAUGUGUCAAUAUAUGGAAAAAUACACGUUUAACAAUGCCGACCAUUGGUCGAUUGGUCGAAAGAACAGAAUACUCUUGGUCGACCAAUAUUUUAUUUUGUUGGGGACAGCCCUAAAAUGGUUGCACUCUGGAGCCCUGAUAUCAAACCAGACCCUUCUACCAAACACUCCACAGUCAAAGCAGACAAAACAGUCCUUUCAUUGUCUCCCAUUUCUAUUCUAGUUAAUUUCCAUUAAUUCUUCUUUAUUCUUAAUCUUCCCUCCCCUUCCUCUUUGUCCCAGGUGCCGACCAUUCUGAACGCGUUACAGAGGAGCGUGCAGGCCGUGCUGGUGGGCAAGAUCCAGAUCCAGGACUGGUUCGGCAACGGCAUCAAGCGGGCGGCGCUGAUGAACAAGUGGGUACUGAAGGAGGUGACCGUCGAUGAGGAUGAGCACUGCCUGCUGCAGACCGACGGCUCUUUCCUCUACCUGCUCUGCAAGGAUGGCCUCUACAAAGUGGGCUCUGGCUACAGUGGCACCGUCAGGGUAGGUAGGGUGGGGUGAUGUGGGUGUCUACAUGAGCGAGAUAAUGUUUUUUCAAGUGUUAUUUAUUACACUGAUAUAGCAGUCAAUACAAACUGAAAUCCAGAAGCGAACAAUAUACACUACAUGGCCAAAAGUAUGUGGACACCAGCUCGUCAAGCAUAUCAUUCCAAAUUCAUGGGCAUUAAUAUAGAGUUGGUCUCCCCUUUGCUGUUAUAACAACCUCCACUCUUCUCCAAAUUAUCUGAGGCAAAUGAUCCAGUUACUGCCCAAGUUGCUCAAUAAGAGGAGACUCCAUUAGGGAUGUAACGAUUCACUGAUGCGCAUUGGUCCCCGGUUCAAAUGUUUAAUAAGAUAAGAUAAGAUAUGAAUGCGUCGGUUCGCGGGACCCCAAGCCAAUCCAAAUGUAGGCAUAUACCGGUACCGCUCGUCUUUUGGUGUUUGAGUCGUGUGGGGGCCUGCACGACUCCAACACCAGUAAGUUUGCUGAUGACACAACGGUGGUAGGACAGAUCACUGACGACGAUGAGACAGCCUAUAGGGAGGAGGUCAGAGACCUGGCAGUGUGGUUUCAGAACAACAACCUCUCCCUCAAUGUCCGCAAGACAAAGGAGCUGAUCGUGGACUGCAGGAAACGGAGUGCCGAGCACACUCCCAUUCACAUCGACAGGGCUGUAGUGGAGCUGGUCGAGAGCUUCAAUAUCCUCUGUGUCCACAUCACUAAGGAUAUAUCAUGGUCCACACGCACCAAGACAGUCGUGAAGGGUGCAUGGCAACGCCUCCUCCCCCUCAGGAGGCUGAAAAUAUUUGGCAUGUGCCCUCACAUCCUCAAAGUUUGACAGCUGCACCAUUGAGAGUAUCUUGACUGGCUGCAUCUUCGCUUGGUAUGGCAACUGCUUGGUACCCAACCACAAGGCACUACAGAGGGUAGUGCGUACAGCCCAGUACAUCACUGGGGCCGAGCUCCCUGCCAUCCAGGACCUUUAUACCAGGCGGUGUCAGAUGAAGGCCCUAAAAUUUGUUCAAGACUUCAGCCACCCAAGUCAGAGACUGUUUUCUCUGCUACCGCACGGAAAGCGGUACCGAUGAACCAAGUCUGGAACCAACAGGACCCUGAACAGCUUCUACCCCCAAGCCAUAAUAAUGCUAAAUAGUUAGUCUGGGCAGAGAUUUGAUUAACUAUUUAACUACAGUGAAUUCGGAAAUUAUUCAGACCUCUUGACUUUUUCCAUAUUUUGUUACGUUACAGCCUUACUCUAAAAUUGAUUAAAUAGUUUUUUCCCCUCAUCAAUCUACACACAAUACCCCAUAAUGACAAAGCAAAAACAUGUUUUUAGAGAUUUUAGCAAAUUUAUAAAAUAAAAAACAUAUUACAUUUACGGAAGUAUUCAGACCCUUUACUCAGUACUUUGUUGAAGCACCUUUGGCAGCAAUUACAGCCUCGACUCUUCUUGGGUAUGACACUACAAGAUUGGCACACCUGCAUUUGGGGAGUUUCUCCCAUUCGUCUCUGCAGAUCCUCUCAAGCUCUGUCAGGUUGGAUGGGGAGGGUCGCUGCACAGCUAUUUUCAGGUCUCUCCAGAGAUGUUCGAUCAGGUUCAAGUCCGGGCUCUGGCUGGGCCACUCAAGGACAUUCAGAGACUUGUCUCGAAGCCACUCCUGCGUUGUCUUGUGUGCUUAGGUCGUUGUCCUGUUGGAAGAUGCACCUUCGCCCCAGUCUGAGGUCCUGAGCGCUCUGGAGUAGGUUUUCAUCAAGGAUCUCUCUGUACUUUGCUCUGUUCAUCUUUCCCUCGAUCCUGACUAGUCUCCCAGUCCCUGCUGCUGAAAAACAUCCCCACAGUAUGAUUCUGCCACCACCAUGGGGCUUACAUUAGAUUUUAUUUUGAUUGUUCAGAUACACCAUCAUCAAUAGUUUUGGUAGUUUUGCUUGCAACGAUCAGUUUACUUAUCAUUUUUACUUAUGCAGAGUAAAGUUGUUAAUUUCAUAAUGAGGACAGCAAUCAGUUUUGCUACACACACUGCAUGGUCAAAGCGGGAGAAGAAGAGAAGCUCACUCAGUCCAUCAAAACCAUUCGAUUAUGAGACGGGGGGUGAAAUCCAAACUUGUGAUAUAUAUUAAUUGGCUAUGUCAUAGCAAAUCUUUUAAGAUAAAUAUUGAUACAUUACUAGCUGUAACACUUUUAAUCUCCCCCCUAACUGAUAGUGGGGUGGUAAAUGCCCAGUUACCUUUAUGGCUUAGCUCAGGUGCUUCCAUACACCAUAUACAUAAUUGGUCCUCUGUAGCUCAGCUGGUAGAGCACGGCGCUUGUAACGCCAAGGUAGUGGGUUCGAUCCCCGGGACCACCCAUACACAAAAAUGUAUGCACGCAUGACUGUAAGUCGCUUUGGAUAAAAGCGUCUGCUAAAUGGCAUAUUAUUAUUAUUAUUAUUAUAAUUUACACACACACACACACACAUUUUGUUCUUCUAUCCUCGUGGGGACCUUAAAUGAAUUUCCAUUCAAAAUCCUAUUUUCCCUAACCUUAUCACGUAAUCCCUAACCACUAAUCCCUAAGCUUAAAAUUGUUUUUGUCCUCAUGGGGAGGUGGGAAAUGUCCUCACGAGGGAGAUUUUUCAUUGUUUUACUAUCCUUGUGGGGACUUUGGGGAUUUUAGGUCCCCACAAGGAUGGAAGAACCAACACACACACAAAUUGCAUCGAUUCAUUCUUCUAAUCAAACUGAAUCGCACCGAAUCCUUUCAGACUAAAACGUAUUGUUCUUGUAUUGUAUCGGAACCCAUGGCUCUAGAUACAGUGCGUUCGGAAAGUAUUCAGAUCUUUUUCCACAUUUUGUUACGUUACAGCCUUAUUCUAAAAUUGAUUAAAUAUAUAUUUUUCCUUAUCAAUCUACACACAGUACCCCAUAAUGACAAAGCAAAAAACACAUUUUUGCAAAUUUAUUUAAAAUAAAAAUGGAUACCUUAUUUACCUAACUAUUCAGACCCUUUGCUAUGAGACUCGAAAUUGAGCUCAGGUGCAUCCUGUUUACAUUGAUAAUUCUUGAUGUUUCUACAAUUUGAUUGGAGUCCACCUGGGUAAAUUCAAUUGAUUGGACAUGAUUUGGAAAGGCAAACACCUGUCUAUAUAAGGUCACACAGUUGACAGUGCAUGUCAGAGCAAAAACCAAGCCAUGAGAUCGAAGGAAUUUUCUGUAGAGCUCCGAGACAGGAUUGUGUCGAGGCACAGAUCUGGAGAAGGGUACCAAAAAAUGUCUGCAGCAUUGAAGGUCCCCAAGAAAACCGUGGCCUCCAUCAUUCUUAAAUGGAAGAAGUUUAGACCCACCAAGCCAAACUGAGCAAUCGGGAGAGAAGGGCCUUGGUCAGGGAGGUGAGCAAGAAUCCGAUGGUCCCUCUGACAGAGCUCCAGAGUUCCUCUGUGGAGAUGGGAGAACGUUCCAGAAGAACAAUCAUCUCUGCAGCACUCCACCAAUCAGGCCUUUAUGGUAGAGUGGCCAGACGGAAGCCACUCCUCAGUAAAAGGCACAUGACAGCCUGCUUGGAGUUUGCCAAAAGGCACCUAAAGGACUCUGAGGUCUGGUCUGAUGAAACCAAGAUUUAAAUAUUUCGCCUGAAUGCCAAGCGUCACGUCUGGAGGAAACCUGGCACCAUCCCUACGGUGAAGCAUGGUGGUGGCAGCGUCAUGCUGUGGGGAUGUUUUUCAGCGGCAGGGACUAGGAGACUAGUCAGGAUCGAGGGAAAGAUGAACGGAGCAAAGUACAGAGAGAUCCUUGAUGAAAACCUGCUCAGGACCUCAGACUGGGGCGAAGGUUCACCUUCCAAUAGGACAACGACCCUAAGCACCAGCCAAGACAACGCAGGAGUGGCUUCGGGACAAGUCUCUGAAUGUCCUUGAGUGGCCCAGCCAGAGCCCGGACUUGAACCCGAUCGAACAUCUCUGAAGAGACCAUAAAAUAGCUGUGCAGCGACGCUCCCCAUCCAACCUGACAGAGCUUGAGAGGAUCUGCAGAGAAUAACUGGAUAAACUCCCCAAAUAUAGGUGUGCCAAGCUUGUAGCGUCAUACUCAAGAAGACUCAAGGCUGUAAUCCCUGUCGAAAGUGCUUGAAUAAAGUACUGAGUAAAGCGUCUGAAUACUUAUGUAAAUGUCAUAUUUACGUUUUCUUUAAAUACAUUUGCUAAAAAUUGUAAUAACGUGUUUUUUGUUUGUCAUUAUGGUGUAUUGUGUGUAGAUUGAUGAGGGGGAAAAAACGAUAUAAUCAAUUUUAGAAUAAGGAUGUAACGUAACAAAAUGUGGAAAAAGUCAAGGGGUCUGAGUACUUUCCGUAUGUGCUGUACGUAUCGAAUCAUCUUGAAAAGGAACGUUUGGCUGUGCGUUUGGGAUUGCUCUCUAACAUUGAAUCAGUGUGUGUGUGUGUGUAUUCCAGGGCCAUGUGUAUAAUUCCACAUCAUGCAUCAGGAAUCGGAUGGAGAAGAGAUCAUGGUUGGGCUUCGCUCAG